CUCCGGCGCACUCUGAUGAUGUCACGACAGAGUUACAGCGUGGGACAGUCAUGGCAGCUUCCAUAUCACAGCAGCUCGAGGAUUUAUUAAAUCCUUUACCAAACUUCGUGGAUCCUGAGGAUGACCAAGAUGAAGAGACGAAAGCCAAAGUCAUAGAGAAGUUUGAUGAAGGUGAUGAUGAUGAUGAAGAACUUUCAUCUGGCCAUCUGCGGAAGCGCUCUGCUGCAAUUCUGGCUGAUGGUGAUCGUCGAUAUCGUGGCAAGGCAACAUCCAGGAAAGAUAUACAGAAAGAGUUAGACGGAUCAGCAGAUGAAGAUGAAGGUGAUGAUGAUGAUGAUGAGGAAGAUGAAAAUGAAAUGCUGGACAAAUACAUGGAGUGCAUCAAAGAUGAUGAUGAUGACGAGGAAGAGGAGGAUGACGAGGAUGAUGAUGAUGACGACGAUGAAGAAGAGCAAGGUGAUGACGAGGAGGAUCUUAAUGAAGACGAUAGCUCACAGAUGUCCAGCUUAGUAUCUAAAAUGAAAGGCACAGACUUUAUGAAACUCACAGAGGGAAUGGAUGAUCUGGGAGAGAGUGAGGAAGAAGAGGACUCAGCUGCCAGUGAAGGAGAGAGUGAAGAAGGCUCUGAGGAAGAGGAAGAAGGCGAAGAGGAGGAAACAGCCCUGAGGACCUUCUCUAAAGAGAAAGUUGAUGAAGAGGUUGAAAAAGGGAAAGCCGUGAAAAAUCAGCUCGCUCUUUGGGACAUGAUGCUUGAAAGGCGAAUCAAACUGCAGAAAGCUCUUGUGAUAGCCAAUCAGCUUCCACAGCCACAGACAUUCCCAGAGUUCAAGAGCAGGGGAGGGGCUGAAUAUGCAGAAGCUUUAAAAAACAGUCAUAAAGCCCUAAAGGCUCUACAAAGGUCUCUGCUGGAACUCCAAGAUCUGCUGCUCUACCAAAACCCUGAAACCAGAACCAUCUCUCAGGGAAAGACCUGGGACGCCAACAGCAGCAGUGCUAAAGAUGAUGAAGAGAUUAACAGUGAGGAUGAUAUGGAAAAUGGGGAUGACGUCCAAGAGGAAGAACAGGAAGAAGUGCGAAACGGACCCCUGAAACGAAAACUGGAAAUGGCAGAGUAUCCUGACUUUAUGGCUAAACGAUUUGCUGCUUUUCUGCCUUACCGUGAUGCCACCCUGCAGAAAUGGUAUGACAAGACACGACUCGCAACCGGCAACAGUAAAAAGGGUUUUGGAGCUUUUGACAGGAACAUCCUUACACAGGUGGAGCAGGUUUUAAUGGACAAAGAGAGGCUGGUGAAACGUACACAGACGCGCAGGUCUGAAUACAGAGUUCUGGGGAAGCCGGAGCCCAUCACGCCUGAAAUAGACAGCAGUAAAUCAGAGGGAGAGGCAGCUGAACUGGCACUGAAAGCUAAUGUGCACCUUAAAGAUUUGGACGAGGAGAUUUUUGAUGACGAUGACUUUUACCACCAGCUACUUCGAGAGCUUAUUGAGCGGAAAACAAGUGCGACAGACCCCAAUGAUCAAGUGGCCAUGGGAAAGCAGUGGCUUGCCAUCCAGAAACUACGAAGUAAAAUCAAGAGGAAGGUGGACACCAAAGCCAGCAAAGGCAGGAAGAUCAGGUUUCACAUUCACAGCAAGCUGAUGAAUUUCAUGGCUCCUAUAGACAACAGCAGCAUGAGUGAUGAUGCCCGGUCUGAGCUGUUUCGUUCCAUGUUUGCGAAUGGUCCAGUGAUGUCACAAUGACUGAAACAGCCUUAACAUGCUUAAAAUCCAGCGUGCUGCAUUGUUCCCACACACUUCUGCAGUUGAAAUCCUUCAGGGACCCCAGGCUCAAACCAAGUUUUUUUGUGAUUACCUGUAAAUGAAACUAAACUUCUUUUGAUUUGUAAAAUGACAUAUUUUACUGCCUAUUUGUAUUAAAAGACCAUUUUGUCAACAAAGGGAGUUUUUU